AUGUGGUCGCGACUAGCAGGGUUGAUUGCCCUGAGCCCCAUCACAGCGAUUGUUUCAAAGGCAGAUGUGCAAUAUGCCAUUUUGACCUUCAAUGAAGCCCGAGAAGCAAGCUGUGUUGUUGCAAGGUCUUGUAAAGACUGGCAGGAGAAAGGAGCAAAGAGUGGUGUCUACACCAUUGAGCUAGAUGGAUAUUACUACAAGGGAGCUCUCACAGUGUGGUGUGAUAUGGACACUGCGGGCGGCGGCUGGACGGUGUUCCAGAGACGUCGCGACUUCACAGUUGACUUCAACCGGAGCAGGACAGAAUAUAUAAACGGUUUUGGUGACAUCUCUGGAGACUUCUGGCUGGGCCUAGGCGCGAUUGACGACCUGUCAGUGCGUGGAGGUCUUACGAACUUGAGAGUGGACCUGGUGGCUGAGUCCGGGAGACGCUACUGGGCACAAUACACGGAUUUCUUUUUGUGCUUUGAGGAAUUAUUCGGACUUAAUGAUCGCUUGUACUACUACUCGGGUGACGCAGGAGAUGGGUUGAUUGGCGAUAAACAGUUAUUUUAUACCUAUGACGGACACAAGAAGAGCUGUGAGACAUCUAUUAAGGGCGGCUGGUGGUACAAUCAGAGUGACUGUAGCAGCAAGGCUAACCUCAACAGCCCUGAUAGAAGGUUCAUGACCUGGGCUAACAUCGGCCGCGUGACGUUCUCGGAGAUGAAGAUAAAGCCACGGGACUAACACCAUCUUGUCUCCUGUACUCACUGCUUACACCGCCAGUCCACUGUUCACUGUUCACUACAGGUUCCAUGUGAGCUCAGUGUACAUUAACCUCUCGCAAAAGUCUAGCAUCUGACCCUAGUGCAGACUACUUACUGUACUGUAAUUGUUUACUUUGAGUAUAUUACCGUGUCCUGCAGUUUGCUUUAUUUAAACGAACAUUGACAUUUUCACAAACUUAUGAGCGAAGCUUACUUUUCGUAAAAACAAAUAAAACUAUUGCCAAGAAUGAACAGAUAUUUUCAUAAAAGCAAUUAAAAGUAUAAGUAGUAUUAUAAGUAGUAUUAUCAGUAGUAUUAUAAGUAGUAUUAUAAGUA